CAUCAAUCAUCAUAGAACAGUGUGUAGUGCUUAUUUUUUUUGAUUUUAUGAUUUUUAUAAAAAACUUAUCUGCAUUUGCAUUUUUGAGUUUUUUUGUUCACGUCAAUCAAGUGUACAAACGGUAAUGGAGAUACUAUCUUUCCCGACGCGCUUUCCACGCAGCCGGCCAUUGUUUCCAUCCAAAGAUUUCCUGGAUUACGGCGGACCGAGUGAUCUUGUUGAUCGGCUGAAAGAGCGAGAAGAACGACUGGAAGCUAAACGGAAAGCACUCUGUCAUGGAGGCCGAGGCGAAGACGAGUCACACGAUCUGGGAGAUACGAGCAGAGCGGACUUCGCUUCCGUGGAGGACGAAGAGGAGGAAGACGACAUGGAUGUUGCUAGCACAUCGUCUAAUUCCAUAAUUGAGCCCAGUGACGGACAGGAGGAUGAAGUGGAAGACGAAAUUCCUCUGGAUGAUUCCGAAACGGAGGAGAUCAUUCAGAUAAUCCAAGAGCCGCAGGAAGUGGCGGUGGAAGUUGAUUUGGAGGAGGAGCAUGUUAUUGAGAGUGUGGACGAUAGCGCAUUGCAGGACAAUAAUAUGUCCAUCGAUGAUUCCGACAACAAUCUUGUCAGUAACGACGUGUAAAUUUGUGCAAAGAUAAAGAAUAGCGCGCGAUGGAUUACCUCUACCAUUUCGGUGGGGUGCUGCCCAUUCCUGAAAUUGUUUUUGCUUCUUUGGAUCUGAGACCACAGAAUCCAGAUAGUUACCACCGGGAUCUGGGACUUCCGUCAUAAAAUGAGCAAGAUCCUGUGAAAUCUUUUGCAUAAUUCCAGCUGAUGGAUGUUUGGUAAAGCUCUUGUUUUGAAAUUUUCUUGCUGGUAAACUGUAGCGGAGGUGCGCUUGUACGAGUACACUAUUUUCAGUUAUUUACAGUUUUGCGGCAGGUCUUAGAGGACGCUCUCUGUACAGUCGACGGCGAAAUUUGGGGAAGCAAAAAUAAAUGAACU